AUGGAUGCAUUCAGAGAACUUGAAAAUGGGUCACUCUUGUCCAGUUACUCUGCUCCUGCUGGAUGGGAUCCCUUCUGUCGUCCCUUGGACUCCAUCCAGCCCUGGCAGUUCAGCCUUCUGGCAGCAGUAAUGCUGGUGGUGACCUCCCUGUCACUUGCUGAGAACCUGGCUGUAAUCCUGGUAACUAUUAAGUUCAAGCAAUUGAGACAACCUGUCAAUUAUAUUAUAGUCAAUUUGUCUGUGGCUGAUUUCCUGGUCUCACUGACUGGUGGUACCAUCAGCUUUUUAACAAAUCUAAAAGGUUAUUUUUUUAUGGGAUACUGAACUUGCGUACUGGAAGGAUUUGCUGUCACAUUUUUUGGCAUUGUAGCUCUCUGGUCUCUUGCCCUGCUGGCUUUCGAGCGGUACGUUGUCAUCUGCCGCCCGCUGAGAAAUGCGCGCUUGAGGGGGAAGCAUGCAGCUCUGGCUAUUGUCUUUGUGUGGAGUUUUUCCUUCAUUUGGACCAUUCCACCAACAGUUGGUUGGAGCAGUUACACCACCAGUAAGAUUGGAACUACUUGUGAGCCUAACUGGUACUCAGGAGCCUAUGCUGACCGUACGUACAUUAUUACAUUCUUCACCACGUAUUUUAUAGUACCCUUAUUGGUGAUUUUGGUAUCCUAUGGAAAAUUGGUGCAGAAGAUAAAAAAGGUGUCAGAUGCACAAGGCAGGCUUGGAACUACCAGAGGACCUGAAAGACAAGUGACUAGAAUGGUUGUUUUUAUGAUCAUUGCCUUUCUAAUCUGCUGGAUGCCAUACGCUACCUUUUCUAUCCUAGUCACUGCAUAUCCCUCCAUUGAGCUGGAUCCUUGUCUGGCAGCAAUUCCGGCUUUCUUUUCCAAAACAGCCACCAUUUAUAAUCCAAUUAUUUAUGUCUUUAUGAACAAACAGUUCAGGCAGUGUCUGAUUCAAAUGUUCAGUUGCAGUGCCAUAGGGACUGCAGAGUCCAACAUGAACCUGACUUCAGAGGGAGCAGUGCUAACCCAGGACAGAAGAGGCAGUGAGAUGUCCCCUGUGGCAGUUCACAACACGGUUUCCAAGAGGAAAACUGCAGAUGAACACAGAAGCCAACAAUGUUUGGCUCUGUUGACAACUUCAGAAAACAGAAUGUGUCCCAUGUUAAGUGGGAGAUGA